AUGCCCACACAGACGAAGACGCCGAUCAACCUGUUGACCAGGUCGUCAAAGGCCGCAUUGGUCGAGGAGUUUGUAGGAAAGUCGCUCGAUGGUCUAAGGACCCCCGCGAUGGUUAUCGACCGAAAGAUAUUUUCCGAAAAUUGCGCGAAGAUGCAUCGAAAGGCGGCCGAUUGGGGUGCGGGAUUCAGAGCACAUCUGAAAACUCACAAGACGUCGGAAGGAGCGAGACAUCAGCUCAUCUCCAGUGCGAACAAGACCGAUAGAGUCAUCGUUUCGACUUUGAUGGAGGCCUGGGAGGUAGUGAACGCGGGUCUCGUUCAAGAUGGUACCGUGAAAGACAUACUUUAUGGCCUACCCAUCGCCGUUAAUAAGAUAGCAGACAUGUCAGGGCUAUGGGAUGCCAUAGCUGUAGAUGGCGGCAUCGUGCGAAUUCUGUUAGACCACCCUGAUCAAGUGAAAUACUUGGAUGAAUUUGAGAAGCAGCGCACAGCACCUAGAAAAUGGUCAGCAUUCCCAUCUUGCAAUCUUCCUUCGUCUCGAUCCACUGGUUUCUAUGGACAUGCUGGGAAUUCCUACGCGUCAACUUCGCUCUCAGAAGCUUCAUCCUUUCUGUCCGGGGAAGUCCAGGCUAAAUUGGGCUUGGAAGCUCCCAAGACACCCUUUGUGUUGUCGGAAACGAGGGCGACUCUGGCUACGUUGCUUCACGGAACGCUAGAACUCCAUGCAGGAAACUAUCCAAUGCUGGAUCUGCAACAGCAGCAUACAACCUUGAUCGACAAGUCGCGAAUCGCCCAACGCGUCAGAGCCACGGUCGUCUCUUAUUAUCCGGGACGAGGCAAGGAUGGCACAGAUGAAGCGCUAAUUGAUGCCGGCGCAAUCGCUUUUAGCAAAGACACAGGUCCAUCUGGGGGAUACGGAGACGUGCUUGGCAAGGCCUGGCGAGUUGGCCGAAUAUCGCAGGAACACGGUAUCUUGACACGUACGGACAAUGGGCCAAAAUUGCAGCUAGGCGAGGUGGUCGAUAUCGUGGGGCAGCACGCAUGCUUGAUUGCUGCAGCGUAUCCUUGGUACUAUAUAGUCGACUCGGAUAUCGAGAACGGGGAGAAGAUAGUGGAUGUAUGGGUUCCUUGGAAAGGAUGGUAG